GAUCCUAGUGGCUCUGGGGACUAUGGUGGGGACCUUUGGACCCCGAUGUACUUCGGUCUGGAUCCCAACGGUACGUGCAGCGACUCCCCUUGUCAGAACAGCGCUGGCUGCUGCGAGGCCCCCGAAGGAGGCUGGUACUGUUACUGCCUGCUAGGGUACGAGGAACCGGGCUGCACCACCUUUAACGACCCCUGCAGCUCGGGAGAGAACCCUUGCAUGCAGGGAGGCACCUGUUCUUUCGACUCCUACAGUAACCAAGCCUACUGCCAGUGUCCACCAGGAUUCACAGGGCGAGCGUGUGAGUUCGCGACUCCCAUCGACUGUACCUCAGACGAGUGUCAGAACGGAGGAACCUGUGUUCCCGAGUCGUGGGGAGAUGCCUGGUGUAGCUGUCCGGAGGGUUUCUCGGGGCCCUCAUGCGAGUUCGUCAUAGGGGAAUGCGAGGAAGACACCUGCAUGAACGGCGACUGCGUGGAAUGGAUCUGUGAUGGCUACUACGCCUGUAACUGUGAGGAAGGAUAUUCUGGGACUUACUGUGAAGUGGAGGGAGAUGGCUCUGGGGACUAUGGACCAAGUGGGUCUGGCGACUAUGGGCCAAGUGGGUCCGGGGACUACAAUGAGACCGAUGGUUGCAGCAGUUCCCCUUGUCAAAACGGCGCUUCCUGCUGCCCGGAACCCGACGGAGGCUGGUACUGCGACUGUCCGCUGGGGUUCGACCCACCGACAUGUGACACCUUCAACGACCCCUGCAGCUCGGGAGAGAACCCCUGCAUGCAGGGAGGCACCUGUCACUUCGAUACUACCAUGCCUGACUACGCCUACUGCAACUGUCCAUGGGGAUUUACAGGUAAAGUGUGUGAGACCACCGUGCCCACCGACUGUAGUUUGGACGAGUGUCAGAACGGGGCGACCUGCCAGACGGAAUCGUGGGGAGAUGUCUGGUGUUCCUGUCCGCCGGAUUUCACCGGGCCUUACUGCGAGUUUGUGGUGGGAGAAUGCCUAGAAGACAGCUGCGAGAACGGACAUUGUCGUCCGGUGGAUUGUGAGGGACACUAUCACGAGUGCGAUUGUGAGGAAGGAUAUGCCGGGACUUUUUGUGAAAUGGCGAAAGGCUCUGGGGUCUAUGGACCAAGUGGCUCCGGGGACUAUGGACCAAGUGGUUCCGGGGACUAUGGACCAAGUGGUUCUGGAGACUAUGACCCAUUCGGCGCUAUGUACUUCGGCUUGGACCCAAACAGUACGUGCAGCGACUCCCCUUGUCAGAACCACGCUGGCUGCUGCGAGGCCCCCGAAGGAGGCUGGUACUGUUACUGCCUGCUAGGGUACGAGGAACCGGGCUGCACCACUUUUAACGACCCCUGCAGCUCGGGAGAGAACCCCUGCAUGCAGGGAGGCACCUGUUCUUUCGACUCCUACAGUAACCAAGCCUACUGUACGUGCAGCGACUCCCCUUGUCAGAACCACGCUGGCUGCUGCGAGGCCCCCGAAGGAGGCUGGUACUGUUACUGCCUGCUAGGGUACGAGGAACCGGGCUGCACCACUUUUAACGACCCCUGCAGCUCGGGAGAGAACCCCUGCAUGCAGGGAGGCACCUGUUCUUUCGACUCCUACAGUAACCAAGCCUACUGCCAGUGUCCACCAGGAUUCACAGGGCGAGCGUGUGAGUUCGCGACUCCCAUCGACUGUACCUCAGACGAGUGUCAGAACGGAGGAACCUGUGUUCCCGAGUCGUGGGGAGAUGCCUGGUGUAGCUGUCCGGAGGGUUUCUCGGGGCCCUCAUGCGAGUUCGUCAUAGGGGAAUGCGAGGAAGACACCUGCAUGAACGGCGACUGCGUGGAAUGGAUCUGUGAUGGCUACUACGCCUGUAACUGCGAGGAAGGAUAUUCUGGGACUUACUGUGAAGUGGAGGGAGAUGGUUCUGGGGGCUAUGGACCAAGUGGUUCUGGGGACUAUGGACCAAGUGGGUCUGGAGACUAUGACGUGUCUGGAGAUGGCUCGGGUGACUACAACGAGACCGACGGUUGCAGCAGCUCCCCUUGUCAAAACGGCGCCUCCUGCUGCCCGGAUCCCGAAGGAGGCUGGUACUGCGACUGUCCGCUGGGGUUCGACCCACCGACAUGUGACACCUUCAACGACCCCUGCAGCUCGGGAGAGAACCCCUGCAUGCAGGGAGGCACCUGUCACUUCGAUACUACCAUGCCUGACUACGCCUACUGCAACUGCCCAUGGGGAUUUACAGGUAAAGUGUGUGAGACCACCGUGCCCACCGACUGUAGUUUGGACGAGUGUGAGAACGGGGCGACCUGCCAGACGGAGUCGUGGGGAGAUGUCUAUUGUUCCUGUCCGCCGGAUUUCACCGGGCCUUACUGCGAGUUUGUGGUGGGGGAAUGCCUAGAAGACAGCUGCGAGAAUGGACAUUGUCGCCCAGUGGAUUGUGAGGGACACUAUCACGAGUGCGAUUGUGAGGAAGGAUAUUCUGGGACUUUUUGUGAAAUGGCUAAAGGCUCUGGGGUCUAUGGACCAAGUGGCUCUGGAGACUAUGAACCAAGCGGCUCCGGAGACUAUGGACCGAGUGGGUCGGGAGAUGACAUUCCGGAUGGCUCCGGGGACAAUGGACCGACUGGGUCUGGAGACGAUAUUCCAGAUGGCUCCGGGGAGGAGGGGCCAACCGGCUCCGGAGACUAUGGGCCGAGUGGGUCGGGAGAUGACAUUCCGGAUGGCUCCGGAGACGAUGGACCGAGUGGGUCUGGAGACGAUAUUCCGGAUGGCUCCGGGGAAGAGGGGCCGUAUGGCUCCGGGGAGGAGGGACCAACCGGCUCCGGAGACUAUGGGCCGAGUAGGUCUGGAGAUGAUAUUCCGGAUGGCUCCGGAGACGAUGGACCGACUGGGUCUGGAGACGAUAUUCCGGAUGGCUCCGGGGAGGAGGGACCAACCGGCUCCGGGGACUAUGGGCCGAGUGGGUCGGGAGAUGACAUUCCGGAUGGCUCCGGAGACGAUGGCUCUGGGGACGACGGACCGGAUGGACCAAGUGGCUCCGGAGACUAUGGGCCAAGUGGGUCUGGAGACGAUAUUCCGGAUGGCUCCGGAGACUAUGGACCGAGUGGGUCUGGAGACGAUAUUCCGGAUGGCUCCGGGGAGGAGGGACCGGAUGGCUCCGGGGAGGAGGGACCAACCGGCUCCGGAGACUAUGAACCGAGUGGGUCUGGAGAUGAUAAUCCGGAUGGCUCCGGAGAGGAGGGGCCGGAUGGUUCUGGGGACGACGGACCAGGUGGCUCUGGGGACGACGGACCGGGUGGUUCUGGGGACGACGGAUCGAGUGGUUCUGGGGACGACGGACCGGAUGGUUCUGGGGACGACGGACCGGAUGGUUCUGGGGACGACGGAUCGGGUGGCUCUGGGGACGACGGAUCGGGUGGCUCUGGGGACAACGGACCGGAUGGUUCUGGGGACGACGGAUCGGGUGGCUCUGGGGACGACGGGCCGGAUGGUUCUGGGGACGACGGAUCGGGUGGCUCUGGGGACGACGGAUCGGGUGGCUCUGGGGACGACGGAUCGGGUGGCUCUGGGGACGACGGACCGGAUGGUUCUGGGGACGACGGAUCGGGUGGCUCCGGGGACGACGGAUCGGGUGGCUCUGGGGACGACGGACCGGGUGGCUCUGGGGACGACGGAUCGGGUGGCUCUGGGGACGAUGAAGCGAGUGGGGACGACGGAAAUGAUACUCCAACGGAGGGGCCCAGGCCAGCUACUACAACCAGGCCAAACCCGCUUGAAGACCCCACUCUGUACCCGUUCGGUCUGGAUGCUGGAGAUCUGGAGUAUGAGAAUCUCCUGAACAGUGGAGAUGGCCACUACUGGGGAGAGUGUUUGGAGUAUCCCAUCAACGACGAAGGGUUUCCGUUCUUUGGAAAAAGGCACUACGAACUUAACAUUUGCGACAACGGCGUGAUCUCGUUCGAGACGGCGUGGGCCCCGUGGCUCCCGUAUCUGUUCGGCACCCGCCGCGCGUACAACAACAUCGCCAUGAUGGCGCCGUUCUGGGCCAUGUCGGACGCGUCCAGCCUCUCACAGGACCGGACAGACGUGACCGAGCACUCGCACAUCUACUUCCACUCGUAUGCAGAGAACGACGGGCAGGCGAGGACUGAGGAGAUCUUGAGCCGCGCCGGUGAAGAUGCGAAUGACUACGAUUCAUCCCUUCCAGAUUUCAGGCCUACAUGGGCGCUGGUGGUGACAUGGGUCCGUCUGCCCCCCUACAUCGGCUGCAGCUGUUAUAGAGGCUGGGGCUGCGAGGAAUGUGAUCUCACUGGCGUGCAGACGAACACGUUCCAGACUGUGCUCAUGACAAACGCCACACAUUCCUUCGGCAAGGCCAUCUACCCGAGUGGAGGACUCAACUGGGUUUAUCCAGGUUUUAGCGAGGAGUACUACCAGUACUUCACGGAUGUUGAGGACCUCCCGUGGCCGGUAGCAGGCUUCAGUGCCGGGGACGGUGGACAGAACGUCCUCAACCUUCCCACGUACUCUGGAACCCAGAGGAUGUAUUUGUUGGAUGAGGUCGAGGGCAAUACAGGCUAUACCGGUCAGUGGAUGGUGAGGAUGGAGGACUCGGACGGCACGAUGGACGCCCGGCUGGAGUGCCUGGCCUGGUACCGGGACCAGCCGGACCCCGCGGACGCGAGCGUACGAAACGCCCUGGAUCAGCUGCCGGACUGCCCCUGCACCGAAUGGCAGAUGUGGUUCGAUGGAGCUUUCCGGAUAGACUGGAGCAGCUGGGGAUAUGGUAUCUGCGGUUACAGCGCCUUCCCCACAGCGGACGGGCUGGUGCAGAAGUGCUGCUAUGAAGACGGCGCACUGGUGACUGGGAGUCCAGAUGGAGGACAUGUUAUUCAGGACGAGGAAGAAGACGACCGGGCAUACACGAACUGCUGCGUGGAAAGCGUAGGGACCUGUGACCUGUUCUACGAGAAGCGUCCGUCAGCCAACUGCUCAAGAUACGUCCCGCCCAUAUGGAAAGUAAAGAAAGUUUACAUCUGA